GUGAUAACAUGUCCAGUGCCUUCACCAACCAGUGGUACAAGAGCCAUAUGUCCGAGGAAUGCAACAGUGCAUCGCAAUGCAGUGUAUUACGAUACAACCUGUCAGUUCUCGUGUGAGAAUGGCUAUAUAGGAUCUGGCUCUCAAGUAAGAAGAUGUCAGCGCAAUGGAACUUGGAGUGGACAGAAUUACUCUUGUCAAAGUAGGUCCUCGAAGCUUGGUAAUGACCGAUAUGUAAUAUAUUCCGUUUUAUUUUGUAAAUAACCACCGGCAGGUCAGUAUAUUCGGUGUCUGGUGGGAGUGAAUAUGAGUCGCUGCCGUGUACAAGUGUACCUCUAGUCAGCAGAGUUUUUACUGCAAAGGUGAAGCAGCAUGGAACUCUUUGCCAGGGGAGUUGAGGAACUAUGCGACUUUUAAUCGAAAAACAAACUACAGGCCCUUCUCUUUGACGAGUUUUAACUGUCCAUACACUAACACUGAAAUUAGACUCUUAAGUAGUUUUAAGAAUUAUAAUUAUAUGCGUUUUAAUAUUGAUAUUAGUACUUUAUAAGCUGUAUUUUCUAGGGGCCGGUUAUUAAGACAAAGUUUAGCCGUUCUCAUCGCCCAGAACUCAGCGACAUAUCCGGGACUUUAAUUGAGACGCUGGCGCUAAAUUUAAAAGCUAAUAAAAAAAAUGCAUUCAUCGGCACGAAGCGGAUAGACAGACCUGUUCUCGAAGGCGGUGAUGAGAUCUUCCGGCAAAUUUUCGGGUGGUUCCCAUGUAUUUUCAUUCGAGGAGUAGUUCUGCCAUUGAAUUAAGUACUUCUCUCUGCCUCCUUUCACUCGUUUUGCGACAAUACGCUCGACUUCGUAAACGCCCACAACAAUUGGGCGGUAUUUUGAAUUACAAGCACGAUCGCAAACAUCAUUGAAUAAUGUCGCGUAAAAGCCUGGCUGAUGUCUCAAAUGCUUGAACAUGUUAUCUCUCAUUCAACUGAAUGGAUUGAAUAAAACUUGACUCUUUCAGGUGUUUUGAUUAAUCAAAACGGAUCCAAAUAUGAAUAAUUAUCUAACUAUUCCCUCAGGCGUAAGCCUGUUUUAGGUGGGUAUUUGUUUGUUUUUCUCUUUGCCGUCCGGACUUCAAAGAGAAAAAUAAUCCGGUAAUAUGCUCUCGGUCAUACUGUGCGUUAACCGGCACAGUAAAAGAGCUCGAGCGUGAAGUUCAAGUGAGUGACCCGUGCCUCGCACGCUCUUGUAAACUCUAUCGCACCUUGGGAUUUACUUCACGCAUCCAACCGUUUGAUUGACAGCAGCUGAAAUCUGCAAAGAGACUCAAGUAUUCCCAAAGCUAAAUCUGUUGGCCACUAUAGCCGACUAGUUCUAGACCUGCAAAUUAUGCCGCGCGUUGAUAAAUUGGGCACUGUAAGUUCAUGUCGCGAGAAACAUUAGCUUUCUAGGCGAUGUUUAACAAAACUGCGUUCUAAACUAUCUUGAAUUUAGCUGAAUCUUUUAUCUGAACAUUCAUUACUGCGAAUAGCGUUAGGAGGCCGAAAGCAAAGAGUUUCUUCUUUCCUUAGAGCUAUCUAGGACUCUUCUUAGGGGAGUGUUUGAAUAAAAGCAUACAAGUACAUAUAGGAAUGUGGUAAAAUGGUCGAGCGCUUCUAAGGAACCAUGAGAAUUCUCCAAUAAGUCUUCUGCGUAAAUGAAUGGUGACGUCAUUAUUCAACGAGUUUGCGAACACCGAUUGAUUUUGAAAGAAGCAAGUGUUUUUUACUUUCGAUUUCUUGAUAGCAAAUUCCAGUGCAUGAGAGCCAUUGAUUUUAGGGUAGUCUGCCCAAAUUUUGUUUUCAUCUUUAGGAGGUCUAGGAAAGUCUCUAAGGGGAUCGAAAUGGUCUUUGUAAACGUAUUCCUAGGCUAUUUAGUAUUAUCAACUCCUUACCUGCAUGCGAAGGUAAAUGUAAAUUGGAAAAGAAAAAUUUAGUUUAAAUGUUUUAUUUAAUGAACAUUUUUAUUUGGCUUCUUGCUUUUGAAAGUUAAUAAAACUUUUAAUUAUGUUAUAACCAUAUUGAUUAUUAUCUAUGUGUGUUGUAUUGCAGAGAUCACAUGUCCAGUAUUGUCUCCACCAACUCAUGGAACAAGAUAUGGAUGUCCAGGAAAUUUGCCAUUAUAUAACGGUACCGUCUGUCGGUUCACGUGUAAUAAUGGCUAUGUAGGAUCAGGAUCUCAAGUCAGAAGGUGUCAGUACGAUGGAACUUGGAGUGGACAGAACUUCGUUUGUAAAAGUAGGUUCCCGAAGUUUAUCAGAUAGAAAGAGUAAUGUUCAUACGUUAAAACGAACAAGAAGUCAUUGAUAUCUGAAUGCGCAAAAUGUUAGUUUCUUUUAGCUUCUUUCUAUUUUUUAGACAUCAACUGUACAUCGCUGAUGAUAAAUUGCAUUUGCAGCUCAGUUCUAACACAGGGCUGAGUCUAAGAACUCGGCCAACCAAUAUAAUUAUUCCAGUUCAUUUAGCUCUCCCACACGCGCAGUCAAUAACCACUGAGUUUUUCUAAAACCAAAAAGAGAGGUAAAUCUUCAGUCGAUAAUUGAUGAAAUGCGAGAGUUAUGAAACUCCAAACUAUCCCCUUGUUAUACCUGAUUGUGAGCUUUUUAAAAUCAUGUUUAUUUGACACUGUUCUAGUUUUGAUUUUGGUCUUACUAUUUUGUUUGCCUCAUAUACAUUUAUAAAAGACACUACAUUCCGUGUUAAGCGUAAAUUUUUUAGCCGAGGAUCGGAGAACCAUUUCUACCCGACAUCAAAUGUCUGCGUAGCUUCCGCUGAACUUAUUUCUCUCUAUAGUCAGAAUUAAAUGCCAGGUUGUGAUGUACUCGAAAGAUGAGUGUCAUGCUAAUUAUAAUCGGAUUUCUCCUUCAGCUUUAAAGUGCCCGACCUUGUCAUUACCGAGGAAUGGUGUCCUCUUGGGAUGUAACACCAAUAACACAGAGAUGUUAUUUGACACUGAAUGCAGGUUCUUUUGUAAGGAAGGAUCUGAAGCGAUUGGUGCAACAAUAAAGAGGUGUGCUGAAAAUGGAACGUGGAUUGGACCAGACCUUGUUUGUCCAGGUACGAGAGAUGCGAACUAUUGGUACUAUCAAAAUGUUAUGGAAUUUAAGUGGUUUUCGCUAGUUUUUACUUGUUGUAUUCAUUGCGUCGCAUGA